AUGGAGAUAUUUAAACUUGGUGAAGUGGGACCACCUAAAGAUGAUGAUUUUCAACGAUUUAAAACUAUGGCAAUGGAUGAAAAUCACUGGAAACGUCGUUAUCGAAAAAAGAAUACAGAAGUUUAUACUCGUUCAACUCCGCAUACUAGCAUGAAAAUGAUAAAAGUUGUAGCCAUUUUUCCAGAUAUAUCUUCUCAUAUCAUUUAUGAUAUGAUGCAUGAUAAUACUUAUCGAUCAUUAUGGGAUAAUACUAUGCGUGAAUCUACACCAAUUUGUCGAAUUACAUGGAAUUGUUAUAUUGAACAUUUUGGAUUCAGAGCACCAUUUGCUUUUUCAAAUCGUGAUUUUGUUUUAUUACGUGCAUGGAAACAAUAUGAACAUGAGUAUAUUAUUACAAUCGAUCUGUUUUUCAUAAGAAAGUACCACCAAGAUCAGAGUAUUUCAACAUCCUGUCAAUUAAUCUAUUUAACACAGAAUGAUCCUAGAGGUGAUAUUCCAUCAUGGGCUAUAAACUUAGCAACUACAAAAGUAUGUCCACGUCUUGUAAAAACACUUCAUCAAGCUGCUUUAAAAUAUCCUAUAUGGAAAGCUCAAAAUUAUCCAAAUUUUAAACCAUGGAGAAAUAUUGAACAACAAGAUAAAACAAUACCUGAAUUAUGUUCAAAUGAUAUAUUGAAUGAACCAGAUUUUUCAUUGAAAAAAAUUCAUGAGAAACGUGUUACCAAAGAGGGUGCAUUAAAAGAGAUUGGUUUACCAGUUGAUACAAAAAUUGAUGAAGAUAGUUCCUAG